UUCAGUUUGAUUUGCUGUAAAGGUAUCUGCUUUAGUAACCGCUAUUUGGAUAAUUACUAAAAGUUUGUAAUCUUCAAAGUGAUAAUUAGACUACAUUAUGACUUAGAUGUCUCUCCAUAUUGGAUACCACUGGAUUUAUAUUUGUGAAAUAUUGUGACUGAAAAAAGAACCGUCACCAUGGCGAUGGGAGUGUCUAGUCAACAACAAAGCCAGGCACCACCUGGUGGAGGAAGACAUCCGCGGAAUAUAUUCAGUCAUUUUCGAGGAUUUCAUGAAGCAUUCAAUGACGUCGUGGCUCCUCAUCACCAGAGAAUCGUCAUUGAUAAGAAAUAUGUUGAUAAAGCAUCAAAGCUUAUGGAUAAGGUUGCCAAAUUUUGUCAACAUUCGAAGAUGAAUCUGAAAAACAGUCCACCAUAUAUAUUGGAUAUACUUCCUGACACUUAUAGCCAUCUCAGAGUUAUUUUACAAAGAUACGAAAAUCGACUGCAAGUACUGAAUGAUUGCGAGUAUUUCAGGAUAUUUCUGGAUAAUUUGAUAAAGAAAUGUAAACAGGCCAAUAAACUGUUCAAAGACGGGAGAGAAAAAAUGUUUGAUGAAUCAUCUCAGUAUCGAAGAGCUUUAACGAAACUUUCACUGAUAUUCAGUCACAUGCUUGCCGAAUUAAAAGCUGAAUUCCCUGAUGGUAAAUUCAUUGGGGAAUCGUACAGGAUAACAAAAGCGGACGCAGCAGAGUUUUGGAAAACAACGUUCGGAAAUAAAACCAUUGUACCCUGGAAAACGUUUCGUCAAGAACUUCAUAAAGUUCAUCCAAUAUCAUCAGGACUUGAAUCCAUUGCUCUCAAGUCUACAAUUGAUCUCGUUUGCAAUGAAUAUAUUUCCAAUUUUGAAUUUGAUGUUUUCACAAGAUUGUUUCAGCCGUGGUCGACUUUGCUUCGGAACUGGAUUAUGCUUGCAGUAACUCAUCCUGGAUAUAUGGCUUUUCUCACCUAUGAUGAAGUAAAGGCAAGAUUACAGAAAUACAUCAACAAGCCGGGAAGUUACAUCUUCCGAUUAAGCUGCACGAGACUUGGUCAAUGGGCAGUUGGUUAUGUUACUUUGAAUGGUCAGAUAUUGCAGACAAUUCCACAGAAUAAAUCACUUUGUCAAGCUUUAUUGGAUGGAAAGAAAGAAGGGUUCUAUCUCUUUCCUGAUGGACGUCCAACCAAUCCUGAACUAUCAUCUCUUGUUGCUGAAUCCGAUAAUGAAACGAUACGAGUUACUGAGGAGCAAUACGAACUCUACUGCGAAAUGGGAUCGACCUUUCAACUCUGUAAAAUCUGUGCAGAAAACAAUAAAGAUGUCAGAAUUGAACCUUGUGGUCAUCUCAUGUGUAAAAUAUGCCUGGAAUCUUGGCAGGAAAUGGAUAAUUCUUCAUCUCCAACUUGUCCAUUUUGUCGUUGUGAAAUAAAAGGAACGGAGAAUGUAGUGAUCGAACCUUUCCAUAAGGAUGGAUACAGUGGUGAAAAAUCUGAGGAAGAAAAUAGCAAAGAUGAUGGAAGUGAAUUGACUAUAGAUUCAUGUAAGAAAGAUGAAGAUGAAGAAGAAGAUUUGUUUGGAAUGAUUGGAUUUGAGAUUCAGCAGCCUCGUGCAGUAGCUCCAUCACCAAAUAUGCCUCGUAGGAAUCCUCCACAACCAAGUCUCCAGGCAUCAAUCGCAGUUAGUUCAACAACUCCUACAAUCAUAUCUAAUGGAAGAGAUUCACCUACGAUACCUCUCGCUUCUGCAACUGCUCCAAAUGCUAUUGUACCUGCUCCUGGAUCAUCAGAGUCGAGCCCGACCAACACACUGGCAAGUCCUGUUGUUCCUCCACGACCAAAUUCGCAUUCCCCGCUCAUAAGUGAUCAAGCUACAACAAGUAUGCCAGAACCACCUAGUUUUCAUGUGACAUCAAGAAGUUCUGAUAUUGACAAUGGAGAUUUAAGGAUUACUGUUGCCAUUCAGCCAUCCAGCUUGUCACCUAACACGUCGCCAAUGAAUCUCAGACGCAGGGAUCGUACAUCAGGUGGUUUGUCUUCCCAUCAACCUCGUCAAAGGCCUAUCUCCAAUAUUUUUGACUGUGUCUCUGCAAUGCGAGACAGAAGGCCCGUACAUCCAAUGAAUGGACCAUUAUAUGAAAGACAGACAUCUACUAAUGGGCAUGGAAAUAGCAUGCCUCGUCUUGGUAUCAGUGGUGAUUUCUCAGGUGUUUAUGACUAUGCAAGCGACAUUGUUCCUCCUCCUCUCAUACCACGACCUUCGAACUCUAACCCUAUGACCUCUACUGCUCAAGUUCCAACAAUCCCAACCACGGCAUCAGCAUCAACAGCUGUUUCAGCUUCUGGGGUGAGAAGAAGAGUUCCAAGCGAGUACGAUUGGAAUGGAGGAAGGACCAACAACGAUGACUCAUAUCUUGAGAAAGAAGGAGAAAAGCCACCCACAGUCCCACCGCGUCCACCACAAAGUCUUGGGGCUGCCAGACCCCCCUCUCCUCCUCUCGGCCCUCCGCCAUUACCCCCUUUGAAUGCCCCCACUUCUACAGCUACUCCUCAUCAGUCCAGGGGUGCGUUUGGGUCAGCCCCACCUUUGCCCCCACAAAAUAAAAUUCCACUUCGACAUAACCAUGUUCUUUCUUGUGAGGCUCCUCCUCCACUAAGCCCCAGAACCGCUAGCCCCUCAUCUCGUUUUGAUUUUAACACCCCACCCCAGGAUCAAGCCCCUCCCCGUCCUGCUAAACCACACCCUGCUAUGAUACGUGACUCAGAUCAACCGUUUUCCUCAGAUGUCGGAUCAUUAGUCCCGCCUCCCAGACCGCCUAAAAGUAACCCCGGGCCCCCAGUGCCCCAACGCAGGCUUUCGUCAUCCUCUCCUUCACUUAGAAGACACGCCCUAGGCACACCCACUGCAGCCGACGCCUCUCAAUGCAACAUAUCAGAUGAGGAUAUUGCUGAACUGAUGAAUUUAGGAUACUCGUUCAGUGACGUCAUGCGUGCACUUUCCGUCGCGAAAAACAAUCUCCAACUUGCUCUGCAGAUUUUGAAAAACUAUGUUCCUACGGCAACAUGAUGAUGUCAUCAAUUCAAUUUUUACAAAAGAAGCAAAUAUCACGUUUUAAAAGUUAUAAUAUGCAGAUAGUAGUCAGAAUUCUGACUGAUGUCUAGUUAGAAUCAGAAAGCCGAUAUGACUGACCAUCUGCGUGGUUUUCUCUUCAACCAUCUAUAAAUUCCUAUCAUUUUAUUUGCAUUAUAUUGAAACAGUGAAAUUGUGCAUGGACUUUAAGAGCCUAAUUAGGAAUAAACCCCUUUUUUCUGCCUUCAGUAUAAAUCUAGAAGCUGCUUGAAAAAUAUCUGACCAUGGUUAAUUAUGAAACAUCAAAUCAUGCUCACCAUAUAUCAGCUGUUCCCAACCGGGCCCCCGUGACUCUCCAAAGGGGCCGAAGAGCAGUUGGUGGGUGGCCACAAUGCUGGGACAUCUUGGUGCGCAUACUUCAGGAGUACCUUUACUUCACUCUACAAGAAAACUCCCUGUUCUUCCUAGUAUCAUUACUUGAUAAGGCUAUUUCACAAAAUGUUUUCACUUCGUUGAGCAUGAGUUGUUUGAACAUAAUGAGAUUUAGAAUCUACCAAUCAAAGUAACACUAGAAAUACUACUGGAAUGAUCAAUAUGGGGGCCAUGAGUGCCAAAGGCUUCCGGAAGGGGGCCAUGAGACAUAAAUAGUUGAGAACUACUGCCAUAUAUCCUUUACAACUGAAAAUUGAUAUAAAAUUACGAGACCAUAUAGGAUAAUCACCAAAUUUUAUGUCCUGAGGAUUCUAGAAAUACAGUUUAACUUGUUAUUACUGAUACAAGUUGAUUUAAUUCUAUGAAAACAAUAUUUUCCUAUAUUUAUAAUCUGGCAUUAUUCGUUAAAACCUUUUCACGUUACCAAUAAUUUUUUUGUUAGACCCUUUUUGAACCCGUCUUCCACGAGUAUUAAAUUAUAUUUGAAAAGAUAUAACGGUAUCGGAAAUAAUGCUUCUACUGUGUUUGGAAAAUUUUACUCUGGAACAAAUAUGAGACUAGUCUAAAAUAGGACAUUAUACAAUGAAUCAUUAGAAAUAACUUAGGGAUCAGGAAAAGCACUUAAGAUUUAAUUUUGUCUGGUUGAAAUAUUCAAUGAAGUGAAUCCCUUGGAACGAUCUUGUAUGCAAAGGAGAUUCAUAUUGAUAAAAUAAUUCAUAAAUUUGAUAUUCUUUCCUAUAUACUAUGAUCGUAAUGGGAUUGAAAUUAGUCUGAUAAGUACGACAAUAUACAAAAAAUCUAUUAAAAAAGCAUUCUGAUUAAAAUACCAUUGGCUUUUGACUAGACGAUAUACAAAAACAGAAUAUUUGUCAAACAACUAUUUAUAUUUACAAAGAAUAACUUUAACACAGUUUUUUAAAGGAGUGUGUUUCAUCACACUCAUAGAUGCUAAAAAUGUCGUUUGUGCACUUCAGAGCAGUGUCUUAACCCAGAAGUCCAAGCUCAUGGUGCACUGCAAGCGUUUUGUUUUAAAUAUCAAUUUGUUGGAUAUCCUUCCAAUUCAACCUACACCUUUACAAAUUUUAUUCGUGAUCUCAUUCGACCUCCAAAUUCUCUGCUGUUCUAGCGACAAACCUGUAUUUUCUCAAUAGCAAGUUUACAAUGUUUUCAUUAUACUAUGUUGGAAACAGGAUUGAAACAUUCUGUACAGAAUCUUUCGGGAUUUAUGUGAUGCUACUUAGGCCUAUCUAGCACAAGACAGUGUAGUAUGUGCAAUCUUACUUUGUUUAAAUGUAUGGAUAUUUUGUACUGCUCUGAUUUUUCUUUUGUUUCUUUAUAUUGAACCCUGUUGCCAGAAAUCUCAAUGAUUCAAUUUUGGGAUCUGAGCAAUAAAACCGUGUGUCCUAUAUUACCAAAGUGAAUAUACAAAUUUUUUGUAAAUAAAUGUCUUAUUGAAUUCCCUUCCUGAUUCUUUUUGACUAAAUUUUCGUGACAUUAUUGAUUUUAUUUUGUAACCAAUUUAGUUAAUCAGAAUUCGAUGUCAAUAAUUUUUCCCAUAACAUUUUCGAAAUUCCAUUCCACAGAGAUAUUUCUGUUCUGAAAUAACUUCGAGAUCUUUACAGGACACUAAAGGCUGCUCUUGGCUUUCUCAAGUGUGUCCUAGUCAUAGAUAUUGAGCUGCCUAUGUCUUGUGUUUCCCGCGACAUUCAAGGAAAGUUAUGAUAUUAAUCUUUGAGCAUAUAUUUCACCUGUUUCUCACUGUCCGUUAUUGUAUUUACUUUAUUUUAUAUCAAUACUGGAGUAAAAAUUGUUACUAUGAUUCUUUUUCCUUGUUUGGUUCGAUAAAUAGGUAAUUUAGAAGUAAUCUUGUAAUCUUCUUGAUGAUUAAUUAUUCUUACAUACCUAAGGCUGAGGUUGUUUGUGUUCUUGCUAUACUAAACUAUGAAGCAAGCAUGGUGAAAAAAAAUUGUAAUAAUAUGGAUUGUAGGUAUUUUUCAGAUUUUGUAUUUGAAUAAAAGUAAUUUCUUCCUAACCAUUCAUUGUACGCGAAAAACACUCGUUUUGUUAUAAAUGUGAUGAAGUAGCAACAAUUGGCUUUGAAAUUUACACCAUAGCUAUGAAUUUGGAAAAUUUUUAAUGAAAAUUAUGUUCAAAAUUACAGCAUUCACUCUCAAAAUAGCUUCUUAGAUUAUAACAAUCCUACCCAAUACUCAAGUUACCAUUGGACACAGGUAAUCACCAGUGAUAGUUAAUUCAGUGAUUGGUUCGACUUGAGAGUUGGAUGGCACAUAACUCACAGCUUAGGUACCGGUACUUCUACCAAAUACUACAUUCAAAUCUGGCGACCUUCAAUGCGAAAUCCAAAUUAUUUGUUUUAUAUUUUAUCAUGUUCCCAGGUUAUCUUUUUUUAUAUCAUUUUUUCUCGCGUCUCCUUUUUUGGAUUCAUUUUCGUUUUUUGAAUAGAUGUUAUUUCGUUUUCCUCUUAUCCUAUUUAUUGUAUUUUUAAUUCAAAAUCUUGUAAAUUUUUGUAUCCUUUUCCAUUUAAUGAGUGAAUAUUUUUACUGGUGUAUUAGAACCUAGCAAGUGUCCGAGAUAGAAUGAUCAUUUUUUGCUUAAAUUUACUCUUUUAGGAGUAAUUGAUUCUAGGCAUGAUGCAUUGCAGUUGAAAUCCUGGGAUGGGAUUCAGGGCGUUCGCACAAAUCCAUUCUUGGAAUGUUGAUAAACAAUGAACUCGUUCUUGUUUUAGUUCUAGUUAUUUGUUCUUGGAACGUUGAUAAACAAUAAAAUCAUUCUUGUUUUAGUUCGGUUAUUUGUUUUUGUUCUACUUAUUCUGAACAUUUCCCAUGAGGCAUCAAAUCAUGUGAAACUCGCCACUCACCUUAUAAUAUAUUCAUUGCAACUCAGAAUUAAUGUUACCUUUUCGAACCAUAUAGGUGAAUCACCAAUUUCAAUUUCAAAAAUCUUGGUAGUGAAGUGCUUGGUAACCUAACUAAAUCAAGUUUUAAUAUAAUCUUGACAGAAUUACUGUUUGAAUUCGUGAUAUACUGAACAGUGACCUAUUGCUGUGUUUAUGUCAAUUCCUGUGGCAAAAUUCUGUCCAUAAAUUUUGUUUAUAGCAGUGAUGUCCCUUUAAAAUAUAACUGUCUGGUUUGGAAUAGCCUCGUCACAGCAAUCAAAUUGAAAUUCAGAACUGCAGAAUGAUUCUCUACUUCUCAAUGUGAGAAUUGCCAGUAGUACCGUAAGUUGUACUAUUACGCCAUUUGAUAUUAAAUUACAAGCCACAUUACAAAGUUAUUACAUCAUCAGGAAAAUGUAAAUUCUGGAUUUGAUUCAAGUAUUCUAGAAUAGUAAAAUAUUCUGUUGUGACCAUCCCUAUUCACGACUGUAGAAUUAUGCUCAACAUCACGUCAUAUUCUUCCUGUACUUUACCGCCAGGUCAUGCUCAGUUUUCAGAUAUUCAUUAUUUAACAUUUUCUUCGAUUCAUCUUAUUGAAUGUCUAAUUUUUGUAAUUUUGUUUAUUUCUCAUCUGUCCAUUAUUUUAAACUUUUCUUGUUAUCGAGUUAUUUCUAUUAUUAUACAUCAAGAAAUUGGAAAAGUAA